AGAAGGGGGGGAAGGACUGGCCGGGCCGAGAUGGCGGUGCAGGCCGUGCAUCUGGAGGCCGAUGCCUUCCUCGUCUGUCUCAACCACGCCCUGAGCACGGAGAAGGAGGAGGUGAUGGGGCUGUGCAUCGGGGAGGUUGAUACCAGCAGAAUAGUCCAUAUUCACUCUGUGAUCAUCUUACGGCGUUCCGACAAGAGGAAGGAUCGAGUGGAGAUUUCUCCGGAGCAGCUUUCUGCGGCUUCUACGGAGGCGGAGAGAUUGGCUGAGAUAACUGGACGCCCCAUGAGAGUCGUGGGCUGGUACCACUCCCACCCCCACAUAACGGUCUGGCCGUCACACGUUGAUGUUCGUACCCAAGCCAUGUAUCAGAUGAUGGACCAGGGCUUUGUGGGACUUAUUUUCUCCUGUUUCAUUGAGGACAAAAACACCAAGACUGGCCGGAUACUUUAUACCUGCUUCCAAUCCAUUCAAGCCCAGAAGAGUUCGGAGUACGAGCGAAUCGAAAUCCCCAUCCACGUGGUCCCUCACGAUACCAUCGGGAAAGUGUGCCUCGAGUCAGCAGUAGAACUGCCCAAGAUCUUGUGCCAGGAGGAGCAAGAUGCCUACAGAAGAAUCCACAGCCUCACUCAUCUAGACUCAGUCACCAAGAUCCACAAUGGCUCAGUUUUCACCAAAAAUCUGUGCAGCCAGAUGUCGGCCAUCAGCGGGCCCCUCCUGCAGUGGCUGGAAGACCGGCUGGAGCAGAACAAGCAGCGCGUGCAGGAGUUACAGCGGGAGAAGGACGAGCUCCUGCGGGAACUGGCCGCCCUGGAAUAGAGCCACAGGCGGACGGGGAACCCGACUCGCCCGCUCCGCCCAGCGGACGCGGACACCGCGCGGACGGGACUUGACCCCGGGCCGGGCGCGAGGCCCGCUCCUCUUCCCGUGGAGGAACGCUUCGCCCGACACGCGUCGCCCGGAUGGGACCUUGACCGGAUUUCCGGCUAAAACCGCCCCUCCCCCGCUGGCCGACGGCACGGAGGCCUGCCACCCGCGUGCCACCGGCUUGGGCGAUAUGCAUCGCCGAGGCCGAGCUGCAGGGAGCUCGGAAGGGGCUGCCUGGCCCGUGACAUUUGAUUUGGGCUUCACCCUGAACUGGGCGGAGAUCCCUCUUCCCAUUUUAAAAGCUCGCCGGUUCCCUGAGAUGAGCUGAGGGAGGAGGGGACCGGCCAGGCGGGGUUUACCUCUGCCCCGUGAUAACGGCGACUUGGUCACGGAACAGAUCCACGAGCGGCGUGGCCGUGAUGGAUUGGAAGAGCCACGUCCGACCAGCACACGGAUAGGAAAAUUGGAACCUUUCAAGCGGGGCAGAGUUUGCUUCGAGGUGGUGGGGCCUGGCGGAAUAAACCACGUACCUGCACCUUCUGCUUUUAUGGAAAAUAAAUAUUAUUAUGGUAUUA